AUGUAUGAGACCAUUGAAUUGGAAGUUACCUUUCUGUAUGUAUUCUGUUGUGAUCUUGCUCUUGCGUCUUUCCAUUUAACAUUUUUGCCAAAUAUGUAGCUCAUUGGCUGUAUUAGUAGUUUUUUGUGUGUGGUUGUCUUCCAAUGGAUGUAUAAUAGUUUGGUAGUUUAUUCUAUCUUAGAAUAACAGCAAUUUGAAUAUAAAAUACUAAAAUGGAGUCAGAAAUGGCGACAGUUACUAUUAAAAAUGAGGAGGAGGAGGAUGAUAGCAGCCAGCAACCAGCUGCAGUGGAAGAUGAUAACAGCCAACAACAUUAUCUAAUCCCUGGCUACAACAUGAUCUUCAUCAAAGAGGAGGCAUAUGAUGAGCAAGAGGCUGAAGGAAGUUCAGUGAACAGUGAACCAGAGAUGUGGCCUUCAAACUGCAGCACAUCUGGCCGAGACAAUGCAACAGAAGUGGGUGGACUGAAUGAGCAUCCAAUCUCUCCAGUGGAAAAGUGCACUGAGUCAUCUGUGGCUGGCAAAAAGACCAAGCUCCACAACUGUGCUCACUGUAGCUAUAUAACACCAUGGUUCAGUCAUUUGGAGAGACACAUUAGAAAACACACUGGGGAAAAACCUUUCAGCUGCGAUUUUUGUGACUUCAGAAGUGCUUAUUCUCGUCAUUUGAAAGAACAUAUCACAACACAUACUGGAGAAAAGCCUUUCAGUUGCGAGUUUUGUGACUACAAAAGUGCCAGGUUAAGAAAUUUGAAAGCACAUAUCAGAACACAUACAGCAGAAAAAAAUUUCAGCUGCAAGUUUUGUGACUUCAAAAGUGCUCAUUCAGGUGAUUUGAAAAUACAUAUCAGAAUUCAUACAGCAGAGAAACCUUUCAGCUGCAAGUUUUGUGACUACAAAAGUGCCAAGUCUGGUGAUUUGAAAAGACAUAUCAGAACACAUACUGGAGAUAAACCUUUCAGCUGCAAAUUUUGUGACUUCAAAAGUGCUCAGUCAGGUCAUUUGAAAAUACAUAUCAGAAUUCAUACAGCAGAGAAACCUUUCAGCUGCGAGUUUUGUGACUACAAAAGUGCCAAGUCUAGUGAUUUGAAAAGACAUAUCAGAACACAUACUGGAGAAAAACCUUUCAGCUGCAAGUUUUGUGACUUCAAAAGUGCUCAUUCAGGUGAUUUGAAAAAACAUACCAGAACACAUACUGGAGAAAAACCUUUCAACUGCAAAUUUUGUGAUUUUAAAAGUGCUCAUUCAGGUCAUUUGAAAGCACAGAAUUUCAUAAUCUAAUAAAAGGCUAGAGCAAUUUUUUCUGUCCGAUCACUGGAUUUGGCAGAAAUAGCUGAAAACUGGGAAAUGAACCAAAAAUUAGGGAUGG